CUUUUAAACUUUCCCUCCUGAAAUGCCACAAGUACAAUUAUGCUAAAUGCUUGAUUUUAUAAUUGAAAAAUGUUUGGAAAUCUCGGCAAUGUACCGAAGAGCCGCUCGGAUAUUGAGCUUACGAGUAUUAAAGUAGGGAAUUCAGCCGGCAAUGGAAACAAGUCUCCUUUAAAUACGCCAAAUAUCUCAUCUAAAAAGGAAGUUGUAAUUUUGGGCUACUCUCUCGACCAUUUAUCUCGUGGUACUCAGCUCACAAUAUGUGUCAGUGGUGUCUUCUUUUUCUAUUUAGUCUAUGGUUACGUCCAGGAAUUAAUCUUUAGUUUGGAAGGUUUUCAAUCGUUUGGCUGGUAUCUAACUUUGGUUCAGUUUGCAUGUUAUGGAGUUUUUGGCAUUGCUGAAAGUCGUUGGCGACGGGAAUACGAACGAAAAAUACCAUUACAGACUUAUAUAUUGUUGGCAUUUCUGACAGUUUCAACUAUGGGACUUUCAAAUACGUCCCUCGGAUAUCUGAACUAUCCAACUCAGGUCAUCUUUAAAUGUUGUAAACUUAUUCCUGUGAUGUUUGGUGGUAUUUUGAUUCAAGGUAAAUAUUACGGUGUUCUGGAUUUUACCGCUUGUAUUUUUAUGAGUAUUGGUUUGAUCCUGUUCACGUUGGCUGACAGUCAAAUAUCACCAAAGUUUGACCAAACAGGAGUUUUACUCAUCAGCCUUGCAUUAUGUGCAGAUGCAAUGAUUGGUAAUGUUCAAGAAAAAACCAUGAAGAAAUAUUCAAGUACAAAUACUGAAGUGAUUCUCUACUCCUACGGUAUUGGCUUUUUUUACAUCUUUGCUGGUUUGGCUGUUUCAGGGGGGUUAAGGGAACCUUUCAAAUUCUGUGCUCAGAAUUUGACUCAUACAUAUGGCCUUGCAAUCGUAUUUUCAUUCACUGGGUAUCUUGGUAUUGCAUUUGUUUUAUCUUUGGUUAAAUCAUUUGGUGCUUUGCUAGCUGUCACAGUUACAACCUGUCGUAAAGCCAUAACAAUUGUCCUAUCCUUUUUGUUUUUUACAAAACCAUUUACAUUUCGUUAUGUAUGGUCUGGUGGUAUUGUCUUACUUGGUAUAGCACUUAAUGUGUACAGCAAGAAUAAGGUAAAGGCCGACGCCAUUCUUUGGAAAUAUUGGACGCAAUUUCGCAGCGGUGGGAGAUCUUUAUCACAACAAAUUUGAAUGUGAAUUGGAAAUGUAGAUCUAGUUUGUACAUAUUUCACUAUUUGGGGGAUAAUGUAUUUAUAUUCAUUCGAUAUUUGUACCCAGCUAAUGUAUUUAAUGUGAUCCUUUAGCUAGUUUUUAGCCAUUUUAUUUCGCUAUUGUUUAUGCAAUUAAUUAUGAUAUCAAUAAUCAAUGAAGAAAUUAUUAUUAUCACACUGUGCGGUGAUGCGCAAAAUAUGGUAACGAGCUGUUUAGCGCGUUUAUAUGACAUUAAUUAAACAAUCUUGCUUUUCUUUCGGACAA